CACCUUGUAGUGGAACAUUCCGCCAGCCCCUGAAGGCAGCGCCGUGCCGCGGUGAGGAGCAGCGCGAGGAGGAGAAGGAAGGAGAUGGCCGACUAAAGCCAACGUUAUCUCUGCUACCCCGUUGACGAGAUUUCUUAUUCACAACACAUCUGCACAGUUGGAGUGGAAAGAGAACGUGUUAAAUCUUUCGCUCCUCUCGCACAAUGGCAGAACAAAACAGCAACGUCAGAUACCAAGAGCUGGUGAAUGAGGACGAACCGGCCCAGCCUUGCCAAGAGGGGGCUGCCCAGGAUUCCCCCCCACCCUACAGCAGCAUCGCUGCAGCAAAUGCAGCUUUCUUUGAAUACAAGGAAGAUGGCAGCAGAUUUCCAAACCCCCCCUCCUACAGUGUAGCCACCACCCUGCCCUCCUAUGAUGAAGCUGAGAGGAGCAAAGAGGAGGCCGCCAUCCCCCUGGUCCCUGGCAGAGUCACGGAGGACGACUUCGUGGCCAGGGAUGACUUUGAAGACGCUGACCAGCUGCGAAUAGGAAACGACGGCAUCUUCAUGCUCACCUUCUUUAUGGCAUUCCUCUUCAACUGGAUCGGCUUCUUCCUGUCGUUCUGUUUGACAACCUCAGCCGCCGGCAGGUACGGAGCCAUCUCCGGCUUCGGCCUGUCCCUCAUCAAAUGGGUUCUCAUUGUCAGGUUUUCUACCUACUUCCCUGGUUACUUUGAUGGACAGUACUGGCUGUGGUGGGUGUUCCUGGCCCUGGGCUUCAUGCUGUUCGUCAGAGGCUUCGUUAACUACUCCAGGGUGCGUAAGCUGGCGGACCCCGCGUACGCCACUCUGCCCCGGACAAGGGUCCUCUUCAUCUAUUAGAGGAUGUUGGAAGUGGGACUGGGCGAGACCAACAGGAGCAGUCACUCUGAGAAGAGUUUACAAGUUGAAGUGAAGACACUCAGCCAGAAAUCAGCCUGACGAGUCAUAGAUGAAGACGACCCUCCAUGAAAUAUUCAGGAAUUAUAUCACUUUGUUUUAUUUUGUUUUGAAACUUUAUUAAUGGAAAUGGUGAACAGUGAUAGUCCCUUGAUGUACUCAUUAGUGGCGAAUGUUAAGUGCUAUUUACAUCUCUGUCUGUAAUGUAUAAGUAAUGCCUUAUAUCAUUUGAAAGUAGCGUACGAGCAUGCAUCUGCCCUUAAGGUCAAUACAUAGGGAACGUCUCAUGUUGGUGACACAUGAAGCCAACAGGUUUUAAUUAUUACAAGGAUAGAUUUACCACAGCAUGCAACACUGUAAUCUGCACUAAUUAUGGUUUCAUCGUGACUAUUAUAGGCUGUCUUUGGAUAACACAUACACUUAAAAAGCAAGCUCUCAUUAGGCUGUAAAUGCUGAUGUAGCACAUAUUUCACUCACCUGUUGGCUUUAAGUAGUGUUGCUCUUUUGUUUAGCCAGGAGGGGGCAGUGUUGUCCGUUGCUUUUAGGAACUGUUCAUUGAGGGCAUCGUCAUAACGAAUCAUACAUGCUUGUGAUUUAAGACACACUCAGUAGAGUUCAUUAAAAUUACAUACAUGUAUCACAAGUUAGGAUCUUGCCUGUUUGCUAUUAUGUUGACAAAAAUAAGGCAAACCAUCCACCUUGGAAAUGGAAUUUAAUUUGCAAAUCUGAUUUUAGAUGAUCAAAUUUCAGAUUUUAAACGUGACCAAGCGAGACACGAGACGGCCAGAAAAGCCAAGCAACAAACCCUGGAGCGUUUCGGGUUGACAUUGAAAGGAUGCGGAGUUCUUGGUCAGUGACAGGCAGCGAGAAAGAUGAUUUGUAUGGGCGUGCGAGCACAUUUUAUGGUCCAUGUCCUCAAAAGGCUCAUGUAACAGCCUGACAUUUCCAUGAGUCGUCAGUGUGACUCACUGACGACUCAUUGAAAGGUCAGGCUGUUGCAUGAGAAUGAACAUGAACGAGAUGCUGACUGCAUCUCGUUCAUGUCGGUGGAAAAGCACAGAAGAGUGUGCUCUGGGUUUCAGCCGAUAAUGAUCUCGCUCAGACACUUGAAUCAAAUCUUCUAAAAAUAACUCAAAUUCCAUUUCCAGGUGGUGCUUUUACCUUAAGAUUUAAUUGAUAGAUGGGGAAGCUAAAUCAGUUUUUCUCAUUUCUUAUUCUUUUUUAAAAUGAUUAAUAGGGUGUAAGAUGUUAGCUUUGUUGUGGGUAUCAAACUAUAUCAAAGAAUGUUGUAUGCAGGUGCACUUUUAGAAAUAUAACUAAUAAAACCCAGAGGGUGUUCAUCAUUAUUUUAAAUCAUAGACAUAUAAAACAAGGCGUGACUGACGCAGUGGUUUCUGUUUGAUAUUCAGUAAGGAGAAGGUUUUCCAACCAUUGUUGUCAGUCUAAAUAGAUUUUAGCCUAGUCAGUUAUCGUCAUACUUUUGCCAUGGCUUUGACACAGACACAUUUAGCUUAUUUCUAUGUGAUGUAGAGCUACCACCUUGGGGUUUUGUUGUUAUGAAACUGUACAAAGUUCGUUUAGUGUUAAAUAAAUGUCACUUUUAAUGCGUCA